AUGGCUGACUCUAGCGCGCUUGGUGUUUCUGAGGAACCACUUUAUAAUCUUGAUAGUGAUGAACUUGAGGCUGAAAGUGUAGACAUUCAAUGUGAUGUGAAUGUUGAAGAUGGGGUCAAUGUCGAAGAUGGGGUCAAUGUGAUGCCCUCUUCGAGUAGUUGUCCUUUGGAGCCAUAUGUCGGUAUGUUAUUUGACGAUGUGGAAGACGCCCAAGCAUAUUAUAAAGCAUAUGCAAGGCGUAAAGGAUUUGCUAUUCGGACGAAUCAUACUCGAUUGUCUAAAGAUGAUAAAAAACUACUUGCAGUAGACUAUGUAUGCACAAGGGAAGGAUUUCGGCGGAUAAAUCGGAAAGAAAAAGAACGAAUAAUGCCUGAACCUGACGAGACAAAGAUUGGAUGUAAAGCUUUGAUGGGUAUAAAAAAAGAUGGUGAACACUGGAUAGUCAACAAGUUUGUGGUUGGACAUAACCAUAUUUUACUCACACCAAGAAGUACUAGUUUCCUACGUGGACAUAGGGGAGUUACUAAAGUCCAAAAAAAACUUAUAAUGACUUUGAAUGAGUUCGGGGUACCAACAAGGAAGAUUAUGUCGGUGUUGAGUAAAGAAUCAGGUGGUGACUUCAAUGUUGGCUGUAUUGGCAAGGAUGUAGAAAAUUUCUUGGGCACCAAAAGGAGAAAAGUUUUUGAAGAGGGUGAUGCACAACGACUAUAUUCCUACUUUCGUGAUCGCCAAUUUAAAGAACCUGGAUUUGUGUAUUCCAUGCAAGUUGAUAAAGAUGGGUGUAUGGGAAGUUGCUUUUGGGCUGAUGCUAGAUCAAGAUCGGCAUACCAGUAUUUUGGAGACGUUGUCACAUUUGAUGCCACAUACCUGACCAACAUUUAUAAAAUGCCAUUUGUGCCGUUUUCAGGAGUCAACCAUCAUCAUCAGACAAUCAUGUUUGGUUGUGCUUUGUUAGUUAAUGAGACAGCGGAGUCAUAUACAUGGUUAUUGAGAACCUGGCAAGAGGCAAUGCUUGGGCGUGCCCCUUCAACGAUAAUUACCGAUGAUGAUAAGGCGAUGGCGAAAGCUAUUGCAGAGGUACUACCGAAUACAACUCAUAGGUUGUGCUUGUGGCACAUUCUUCAAAAGUUUCCUGAACACUUGGCCCAUGUAUAUAAUAAGUUUCCUGACUUUCAAUCCCGAUUUCGUCAUUGCAUCCAUGAGACUAUUACAAUUGCUGAGUUCGAAGAGGAAUGGGCAUCGAUAUUGAUGAAGUAUGAUUUAGGAGAAAAUACUUGGCUGCAAAAUCUUUACAUUCGACGAGAAAAGUGGGUUCCGGCUUACUUGCGUUCAACAUUCUGUGCCGGGAUGUCAACAACUCAACGGAGUGAAAGUAUGAACAAAUUUUUCAAAGACUAUGUUCGAUCCAGUACUAUGGUCAGUGACUUUGUUCAUCAGUAUGAGGCGGCUAUAGAUGCACGUUAUUUUAAAGAGAAAGAGAAAGAUGUGCGGACGAAGUCUACUCGUGCGAUAUUGAAGACACCUCUUAAAAUUGAAGAGGAGGCAGCACUGAUUUAUACAAGAAAGUCUUUUAUGAUCUUUCAGGAUGAGUUGUUUGAUAGUCUACUGUACAUAUCAAGAAAAUUGUCCACAGAGAGUGAAAGCAAGACUUAUGGGGUGACACCCUAUGGUAAAGAAACACCUGUUUACCAUGUCACGUUGGAGAGUGGUGAAGGUGUUGCCACAUGUACGUGCCAUAAGUGGGAGUUUAUGGGGAUUCUCUGCAAGCAUAUCUUGUGUGUUUUUGGCAAGAAAGGUAAGUUAGAUAGAUUGGCACAGCAUUAUGUAUUGGAAAGAUGGACUACUAAUGCUAAGAGUCGGCCAAUCCCUGACAUACCAAGUCCUACAGGGCUCCUUCAGCUAGGAUUAGAUGAUCCUACGAUGAGAAAAAGCAAGUCCAUGAUACAACUUUAUGACAUUGUUGAACUUGGGUCGCAAUCAGAAGAAAAACACAGUUUCCUCACCCGUGCAUUAGAGAAGAUUCAUAAAGAAUUACUUGCAAUGGAAGAUCACGUAGAUACUGAGGGAACACAUUAUUCAAAUAGAGGAGUAUUUUGCAGUAUUGAUCAAGUAUUAACAAGUCAAGUUGUAUCAAACUUUUCACAAACGGUUCAGGACCCUCCACGGGUGCCAACAAAAGGUCGACCAAAGUCUUUGAGAUCCAAGAAUCCAAAAGAAACGCAAACAACAAAGAAAAGACGUUGUAGCAUUUGCAAGGCUGAAGGACAUGCUAAGAACAAUUGCCCCUCAGUAAGGGAUGUUCGGCCAACAUCUGUCAACCUGUCACAACCAAUGUAA